AUGUCAAGCAGCGUCUUGAGCACCUUUGUCGGCGCCAUUCAGGCGUCGGCGUCUGUUCUGCUCACCAUCUUUUAUGGUGUAAUUGCAGGCCAGACCAAGCUUCUCAGCGUUGAGACGGGCCGACAGAUCUCGAAGAUCUGCAUCAAGAUGUUCCUCCCAGCCCUGCUAGUUGUCAAUCUCGGCUCGCAGAUAGAGGCAUCUAACGCAUCCCAAUACCUCAUUAUUCUUGCAUGGGCUUUGGUCUACAACCUCACUUCGAUCGCUGUCGGAUAUGUCCUCACCAAGUUCCUGAACAUGCCCAAGUGGUUCACCCCGGCGAUCACCUUCAACAACACCACGUCCUACCCCCUCCUCUUGAUCCAAUCCCUUGGUUCAGCUGGUGUCCUGUCCAAUCUCGCAAAGUCCGACGAUGACACGAGUGACGCUAUCAUCGACCGAGCCAAGUCUUUCUUCCUCGUCUGCUCCGUUAUCUCCAACAUGCUUACCUUUGGACUUGGCGGAACCCUUCUUGGAGUCAGUGACGAGGAUCCUGUCGAUACCAUGGAUCGAGACCUGCGCGACCGGGCCGGCCACAACGAUACACCUGAAGAGAGCGGUGCGGAUGAGGAGAAUGGACAAGAUGGCGGCGAUUCCAACGAGCGCACAUCCCUCCUACCGGGACCUCUGCCACGAUACGCCAAGAAGGCCUCUCGUGGUACUGCUCAAGCCCAACAUGCCGUUUGGGACAGGCUCCAUCCACGAGUCCAGCAUGGUUUGGCACUCACUACUCAAUUCAUCAGCCCUCCCUCCCUCGGCGCCACCCUUGGUAUCAUUCUUGCCUUCGUACCUCCUCUUAAAAAGGCUUUCUUCGCUGAUAGCGAGGACGGUGGCAUUUUUAACGCUUGGUUGACUGUCAGUCUCAAGAAUAUUGGAGAGCUCUUUGUAACUUUGCAAGUUAUCGUCGUUGGCAUCAAGCUUGCCCACAGUCUUCGACGUAUGCGCAGCGGACACGACUCUGGCAACCUUCACUGGGCUCCUAUGACUCUCGUUGUUCUGAUCAGAUUCCUGAUCUGGCCAGUACUUAGUAUUCUGUUCAUCAGAAUGCUCAUUACGAAAACCGACAUCCUAGGCCAGGACCGAGUCCUCUGGUUCACCAUGAUGUUGAUGCCGGCAGGACCACCGGCAAUGAAGCUGGUCGCUAUGGCAGAGAUGGACGACGCUGACGAAAAUGACAAGAUGUCGAUUGCGCGAGUCCUUAUGACUUGCUACGCUGUGUCACCCUUGCUAUCAUUCGCAGUUGUUGCCAGUCUUAAAGCUUGCACUUAA